ACUUGAUCGCCCAGCUGAGAUCUGAGUUUUUUUCCUUUCUUCUUCCUCUCAUUAGACUCUUUUUCCAAAAAACUUUUUGUACAUAUACCAUCACUCUUGCUACCAUGGAAGACCUUCGAGUUACCGGCUACAACGCACUCUUGAACCCUGCCUACCUUCAAGAAGAGCUGCCCGCCAGCCAAAAAACCAAAGAUACUGUGCACAAGGCUCGUCAAGAAGCCUCAGCGAUCCUACGCGGCGAGGACGACCGAUUAAUUGUAAUUGUUGGCCCCUGCUCGAUCCACGACGUGGAAGCCGCCAAAGAAUACUGCGGCCGGUUACUGGAGGUCAAACAACGACUUGACGGCGAGUUACUGAUCAUCAUGCGUUCGUACUUUGAAAAGCCUCGCACGACUGUUGGCUGGAAGGGCUUGAUCAACGACCCAGAUAUCAACAACGGCUACAACAUCAACAAGGGUCUUCGCGUGGGUCGCAAGUUGUUGUGCGACUUGACCGACAGCGGCAUGCCUGUCGCUGUUGAAUUGCUUGACACUAUUUCGCCACAAUACCUGGCCGAUCUUAUCUCCUGGGGCGCCAUUGGCGCACGCACCACCGAAUCGCAGUUGCACCGUGAAUUAGCUUCUGGCGUUUCCUUCCCUGUCGGUUUCAAGAAUGGUACCGAUGGCAAUGUCAAGAUUGCCAUAGAUGCUAUUGGCUCUGCCGCGUCGCCCCACCACUUUUUGGGUGUCACCAAGUCUGGCAUAGUAUCGAUCACUCAUACGAGUGGAAAUCCAGACACUCACGUCAUUUUACGCGGUAGCAACACUGGACCGAACUACGAUGCAGAACAUGUCGCUAGCGCAAAGGCUGCUUUGGAAAAGGCCAAGUUGAGACCCAAUGUCAUGGUUGACUGUUCUCAUGGUAACUCGAGCAAGGACCAUCGCAACCAGCCCAAGGUUGCCAAGAACUUGGGUGAACAGAUCGUUGCUGGUGAAGAAUAUAUUGUUGGUUUGAUGAUCGAGUCCCACUUGAACGAGGGCAAGCAGAGUGUUCCAGCAGAAGGACCUUCGCAUCUUAAGUACGGCGUUUCGAUCACCGAUGCUUGUGUCGAUUUCGAGUCCACCGUGCAAAUGUUGGAAGGUUUAUCCGAGUCUGUCAAGACCAGACGCGCCAACAAGGCUUAAAUCAUCACUGUCACUUAUGCACCUUUUCUCGUCCUCUCGUCCCUUCCCAUCAUCUUUCAUUAAACACGCUCACCGUCACUCGCACACACACAUAUAUUUAUAUCUGUAUAGACUUGACACGUUCUUGUUUUCCUGUUGUCGUUAUAUAAAAAAUUAUUAUCCAUCAUGA